AUGGAAACUCAAACACUUCAAGAACCACCAAAAACUGAAGCUGAAAUUGCCGCCAAAAUCGCUGAGCUUCAAGAUACAUUAAUCAAGAUACGUGAAGGAUAUAGGGAUUUGUCUAAUUGCCAAGGAGAAAUUGAUACGAAAUAUAACCAAAAAAUUGAAAAGGCGACCGCCCAACGUCUCGAGAGUUUAGAGAAAUGGCGUGAUUGCGAGAACGAAGCAGCGCUUAGACUUAAGCAAUCUCAAUUAGUUCAAAUAGAUAAUGAUGGCGUCCAUGCUAUGGAACAGGCAAAGGAAAGAAUUUUCCAAUUGAUGCUCCUUAAAUAUGAAAUGUUAGCACAAAAACUUCCAAAAGCUGCGAAAUUCUUUGGUUCUCAAAAUUGUCCGUUCAUCAAGACUGUAAAUGUCGAAUUACUUAAACGCCAAGCACGCGUUGGCAUUGACCUACCAAAUGUACCACUCAUGGGAGCUGAUGAAACUCGUGAUUUUCUUUCAGAAACAACUAAUCAACAAAUAUUAGCAUCGAUUAAUGGAACAGAGCUAAAAAUUGGUGAUAAUGUAUUUUCUGUUGGUACACGUGCUGUUAUUCAAAUUGGAAAGGAAUCUCCUAUUUCUGGAACAAUUACAAAUAUUAUUUCAAGUACGAUCUUCUUUACACCUAAUGAGGGAGAAGAAAUUUCAUUCUCUGUUCAGUCUAUUAAUCUUGGCCUUGUUUCAUUCACUAAGUAA